AUGCUCAAGCCCAAGGACCUGUGCCCCCGAGCGGGGACGCGCACCUUCCUGGAGGCCAUGCAGGCGGGCAAAGUGCACCUGGCCCGCUUUGUGCUGGAUGCGCUGGACCGCAGCAUCAUCGACUGCCGCGCAGAGCAGGGCCGCACGCCACUCAUGGUGGCGGUGGGGCUGCCGGACCCCGCGCUGCGCGCGCGCUUCGUGCGGCUACUGCUGGAGCAAGGUGCAGCCGUGAACCUGCGGGACGAGCGCGGCCGCACGGCACUUAGCCUGGCUUGCGAGCGCGGCCACCUGGACGCCGUGCAGCUGUUGGUGCAGUUCAGCGGCGACCCGGAGGCGGCCGACUCGGCGGGCAAUAGCCCAGUGAUGUGGGCGGCGGCGUGCGGCCAUGGGGCGGUGCUCGAGUUCUUGGUGCGCUCUUUCCGCCGCCUCGGCCUGCGCCUCGACCGCACCAACCGAGCGGGUCUCACGGCGCUGCAACUGGCCGCCGCCCGCGGCCACGGGACCUGCGUGCAAGCCCUCACCGGGCCCUGGGGCCGCGCAGCCGCCGCCGCCGCCGCCCGGGGCUCCAACUCCGACAGUCCCCCUGGCCGUCCGGCUCCCGCGCCCAGCCCCGAGCGCCGCCGGCCCAGUCCUCGCCGCUUACCUCGGCCUCUCCUGGCGCGCUUUGCGCGAGCAGCCGGCGGCCACGGUCACGGCGGCGAGGCUGGGUCAGGGGGCAAGGGCUCCGGCCGGCACCGAGCGCAGGGCAGCGACAGGCCUGAGCUGGGCCGGAGCAUGAGCCUGGCGCUGGGUGCUGUAACCGAGGAGGAGGCGGCUCGACUGCGGGCAGGAGCCCUGAUGGCCCGACCACACUCGCCCCAGUCUUCGGGGACCGGGAGGUGGCGUUCGCAGGAGGUGCUGGAGGGAGUGCCUCCGACCUUAGUGCAAGCCCCCAUUGGCCUUAGCCCCCACCCGGAGGGUGGCCCCGGCUCUGGCCGUUUGGGUUUGCGCCGACGCUCCACAGCUCCAGACAUCCCCAGCCUGGUCGGGGAGACAUCAGGGCCCGAGAGCGGCGCGGAGUUAGAGGCCGAUGCUCUGCCCCACUCGGGGCCUGGGGCUCAGCCUUGGCAGGCGGGCACGGAGGCUGUGGUGCUGCACGCUCAGCGGUAA